UAUAAGGACCAAGAGAUUGAAAGAGAUAAAAUUAAUUAUUAUAUGCGAGGAGGUUGUACAGCUUUGGUGUCUCUUUUUAUUCUCGGUAAACUUUAUGUUGCCAACGCCGGUGACAGUCGUGCUAUAGUUCAUAAAAAUGGGGAAGUAAUACCAAUGUCUUUUGACUUCACUCCAGCAUCGGAAAGAACAAGGGUCAAGUAUUUGGGUUUGUUGCGUCCUGACUUUUUAGGCAAUGAUUUUACUCAUUUAGAGUUUAUAAGACGUCCUCUCAGAAAAGAUCUUGGUAAAGAGUUGUUGUACAGAGAUGCAUACAUGUCUGGAUGGGCUUAUAAAACUGUUAAACCUGAAGAUUUGAAGAUUCCUUUGAUUCAUGGCGAAGGGAAAAGAAGUCGUGUUGCUGCAACAAUUGGUGUUACUCGUGGUUUUGGUGAUCAUGAAUUGAAAGCAGCUCAUGGUGAUAUUUACAUUAAA